UGUGGCUGCCAAGCUCCAUUAAAGCUAUCAGCAGUCGGGGGGGACGCGCUCCACAGCGAAGGCGGGGUGGGUUGCGGUGUUUUAUUUUAAAAUAUAUAUAUUCCCCCCCCCUCCCCCUUCCUCCCCCCUUCGCAAGGCUUGGGGCUGAGCAGGGCGACCGCUCCGGAGCCUGCCCCGCAGCCCUCAGCCUCCCGCCGGCGGGCCGAAGCCGGGGUCCCGCCGCCGCGGGCACCGGAGCGCCGGAAGCGGCCCAUGGCUGCGCCGCCGGGCGCCGCGCCCCGCUGAGCUCCGCGGGCACCGGCGGCGAUCGCGUCUCUCCUGCCGCCGGUUCGGCGAGGAAACACAGCGGCCACCAUGGUCCGGUGCUGGUGGCUCGCCGGGCUGCUCGUAGCAUGCGCGGCCGCGGAGCCGCCGCUGCGCUGGGAGCCGCGGUGCCGGCAGCAGCUCCGCCACCUGCAGGACGGUGCCAGGAUCGCGGCGCGGCUGCCGCCCCGUCUGGAGGGGCGCUGGGUCUCCACCGGGUGUGAGGUGCGGCCGGGACCCGAGUUCCUCACCCGAUCCUACCUCUUCUACGCCAACCGCCUCUUCAAGGCUUACCAGUUCUACUACUGGGACCCCUCCUGCCGCGACCCCUCCUACUCGCUCGUCAUCAAGGGCAAGCUCCGGCUGCGCCAGGCCUCCUGGAUCACCCGUGGGGCCACCGAGGCCGACUACCACCUCCACAAAGUCGGCAUCGUUUUCCACAGCCAGAAGGCCAUGCGGGAGGUGGCCUCCUGGAUCAACCAGACCUCCGGCGAGGGCUGCAGCGGAUUCCUGCCCCCGGGGCGCACCUGGGCUCCCGGAGCCCUCUACGAACUGCUGAGCGCCAAGACCGAGCGCGACUGCACCGCCGCCUUGGGCUUCGCCAUGCACGAGCUCAGCCUGGUGCGCGUGGAGAAGCAUUACCAGCCCUUGCUGCAGCCACAGCAGAGCGGGAGCCGGCUGGUGGAGGAGCUGUACCUGGGGGACAUUCACACGGAGUGGGUGGAGAGGCUCCACUACCGACCGACCGGUUAUCAGCGACCUAUGCAGAGCGCCGUGCACCAUGUGCAUCCUUGCCCAGCCUGUGGGAUUAUAUACAGAGCUGAUGAGCACCACCCACCCAUACUACCCGUCAGAGCUCAGCUGCCGAUGCAGCUCAGCGGCAGCUGGGUGAGCACCCACUGCGAGGUCCGACCUGCGGUGCUUUUCCUUACCAGGUACUUCAUAUUCCACGGUAACAACCACACCUGGGAAGGUUACUACUAUCACUAUUCCGACCCACUCUGCAAACAGCCGACUUUCACCAUCUACGCAUCUGGACACUACACCCAAGGCAUCCCUUCCUCUAAAGUGAGAGGUGGCACAGAGCUGGCUUUUAAAGUCACCCAGGUUCGGGUGACGCCAAUGGACCAGGUGACAGUGAUGAUGCUGAACUCCUCAGAACCUGGAAGCUGUGGGCUGACAAGCUCCUGGAGUGCUGGGGUGGAGCAGGAUAUAACACCCACAAAUGGAUGUUUGGCUUUGGGCAUCAAGCUGCCCCACACGGAGUAUGAGCUUUUCAAAACGGAGCAAGACGUGAAAGACCGCAGCCUGCUGUACGUUGGCGAAAGGCCCACGGACGGAUCCAGUCCCGACAGUCCAGACAAGCGACCCACAUCAUAUCAGGCACCUCUGAUUCAGUGUGCUGGAGCACCAGAGGAAUUCUCUAACUAUGUUAGUCUAAAAUACUGGGGAAAAAAGGAUGCUAAUGGGAGUGAAGCACUAAAAUCUUUGCCUGUGGCCUUUUUAUUGUUUAUAGCACUUCUGUUUUUAAGAUGGGACUAGUUAUCUAUUCAGGUACAGCACAGAAUUCAGAUAGUCUUUGUGCUAGCAUGAUUUUUAUAUCCUUCAAAUGAGCACAUCUGGAAUCAGUUUUACUCAGAUUUGGAAACACUUUUUAAAAACACCCAACCACAGUGAACGAAGCCAAGAAGAUAUGCCUGACUACAUAGUGUUUGUCCUGUGGCUUUAUUGCCUAAUCUCCCCUCUUUGCGUACAAAUUUAAUGUAGUGACAUGGAUGCGCUGCACAUUGCAAUAGAUAAUUCGGCAAUACGAGGGGGGAAAAAAGCGACAUCAAUUACAAUUGCUGCUUUGAGCUUUUGACAUUGCUAAGAUUUAAUCAAGAGCUUGAUUCCGAUGUAAUUCAAACAUCCGAAGUGUCAGCUGCUGAGUUUCUUUGAGGUUAAGUUCCCUCCCAUCAUACUCCUUAUUGCUGUUCUUGCAAAUUUAAUCUGCAGAGUCAGUCAGCAAUAGAUAAACAGUCAGCAAGUGUUCUUGAUAAGGGCACAGUUAAUCAUGCCUCUCUCAGUUUACAGACAUUUUCUGCAGUUUUCCUGUGUACAUACGCACACAAAGAUGCAACAUACAAUUUUCCACUUAUGUAUGUACCAAAAGCAGCCCUCAGAGAGCAUUACCUCAAUAGACUGUUAUGCCUGACCCUGGUCAUAAAAGAAGAUCCAGUCAAUGGAAAACGCUUCUGUGCACAACCGCUCCAACCUUCAGCAUUACCUAGCUGCAGGCUCUGCAUCUUUGCUGCAUUAUUCUGGCUUUUCCAGUGCAGUACUGGCCUGCCCUUCAGUGCAUCAGCAAUGGCCCCAUGUCACUGCCCGGCUUGUCCAGAAGACAGAGGCACUGCCAGGCAAUCGUGACUCCCACUCAUCAUGCACCAAGCGACACGAAAGAUCGCUUAAAAGUCUUCUCAGGCCGUGUAUUUUCACUGUCUCAUUUUUAGUAAGUGUUCUGGCAUACAGUUGUUAAUCCAGCUCUCCUUUCAAUCAAAAUGUCACCUCCCGCCUCAUUCCUAUAGAGAUGUUUUAUAAAUCUGCCUCUAGUGAAUAAUGGGCUACGGAGAUACUCAGACGGCACAGUCAGGUCAAACUGAUUUCUACUGACAAGAAGGACAAACUAAGAAAUUAUAUUCCCUGCCUGCUGCAGCUAAGAAGCAUAUAACUUACUUGGAGAAGCCCUCCUCCCAGUAGCUAAAUCCUCUCCAAAUAAGCCUAUAUAUCUUACUCACAAAGGAUAUUUUGUUAAACCAGCUAUGCAAUAUCUACCUUCUUAAUGCUGUAUUUACGAACUUGCAGCUUGUACUUAGAUAAAUUAUGGGUUUUAUAACAUAAAAACACUUUUGGGGGAUCUGUACAUUAACUAAUAAUUCAAAUGAGAUGCUUAUUAAAUGCAUACAAUUGUGACAUAAA